AUGUUGUAUUCGAUUUGUGUUGUUAUUUUGGUGACUGUCGUUGUUUGUGGAGACUGUAAGGAGUUGGUCAACUUGGAUGGAAUCAGAACAGGACAGCUCAUCAGUUUGCAGCAAGGCAUUGAAGCUACCCCAGGAGUUUAUUUAUACAAUCCAACUACAAAUCCUGAAAUCAGCCCUGUCAGAGAUAGAGAAGUCGAACAACUCGAAGAAACAACUACAGGAAAAAAAUCUGGUCCUGAGAUGAAUGGAAAAUCUAUAGAAGUAGCAGGGGUUGAAAAAACAGGCGCUUAUUAUAUUUACCACCCCAAUGGACUCCUCCAGAAAGUAGGGUACAGCACCAAGGAUGAUGUGUUGAAUAUGUCUUUCAUGGCACGACUGAGGUACACGAAUGUGGAGGCUAUAGAUGGACCUAUCUAUACUUAUGAUCCACAAUCAUAUGUUUUCAGAAAAUUAUGA